UUAAUUGCAGGUGAGCAGGACAACUCGGACAACAACACGAUCUUCGUGCAGGGGCUGGGCGAGAACGUCACCAUCGAGUCGGUGGCCGAUUACUUCAAACAGAUCGGGAUCAUCAAGACCAACAAGAAGACCGGCCAGCCCAUGAUCAAUCUCUACACCGACCGUGAGACCGGCAAGCUCAAGGGCGAGGCCACCGUGUCCUUCGACGACCCGCCCUCGGCCAAGGCCGCCAUCGACUGGUUCGACGGGAAGGAAUUUUCAGGGAACCCCAUCAAGGUUUCCUUCGCCACUCGCCGCGCCGACUUCACCCGCGGCGGGGGCGGCCGCGGCCGGGGCCGGGGAGGCCCCAUGGGCCGGGGCGGGUUCGGCUCCGGGGGCUCCGGCGGCCGCGGCGGCUUCACAGGAGGGGGAGGGGCCCAGCAGAGAGCGGGGGACUGGAAAUGCCCCAACCCGGCGUGCGAGAACAUGAACUUCUCAUGGCGGAACGAGUGCAACCAGUGCAAGGCGCCCAAACCCGAGGGGGGGCCCGGGGGGCCUCACCUGGGCGGGGGCGGGGCCGGCAAAUACCCCGGGGGGGGCGGCGGCCGCGGAGGAAACCACCUGGGUAAGGACGGGGGGGGGAGAGAGGGGGCACAGCUGGGGGGGCAAAAACACACCUGGGCACACCUGGGGGGGCAAAAACACACCUGGGGGGGGGCAUAA